CUAAAGUAGCCGCUUAAAAGGAUGUUGGAUGAAUGUUAAGAAUAUAACUAUGACAUAUACUACUGUUCCUAAUUUACAUUAAUGAUAUUGACACCAAUACAUACAGCAAACUGGUUAAAUUUGGGGAUGACACCAAGGUGGGUGGUGUAGCAGAAAUUGAACUAAGAGCACAGAGGCUACAACGGGAUCUGGAUUUAAUUAGUGACUGGGCUGAUACCUGGCAGAUGAAAUUUAACAUAGAUAAAUGUAAGGUAAUCCAUGCAGGGAGCAGAAAUAUAAAGUACAGGUAUUUUAUGGGUUCCACUGACAUAAAGGUAGCUGAUUAUGAGAAAGACCUCUGUGUGUAUGUUGAUGCUUCUAUGUCCCACUCUCACCAGUUUGGGCAAGCAAUUAAAAUGACCAAUAGCAUGUUGGGUUGCAUCUCUAGGUGUGUGAAGUUUAAGACAAGGCAGGUGAUGCUACAAUUAUACAAUUCCUUGGUAAGACCCCAACUAGAAUCAGCUAGAAUAUUGUGUGCAGGUUUGGUCACCAUACCUUAAAAAGGUCAUUGCUGCAUUGGAAAGGGUGCAAUGUAGGGCUACGAGAAUGAUUUCUGGUCUUAGAGGAAUGUCUUAUGAGGAGAGGUUAGCUGAGCUGAAUCUGUUUAGCCUCGAGCAAAGGAGACUAAGGGGGGACAUAAUCCAGGUAUAUAAGAUUCUAACAGGUCUGGAUGCUGUUCAGCCAAAUGGCUGCUUCAAUACUGUAACUGUAAGUGGAAAUUAACGGGAGAACAUUUUAGAACGAAUUUGAGAAAACACUUCUUUACACAGCGUGUAGUUAGAGUACGGAAUAGUCUUCCUGUUCAAGUAGUGCAGGCUAAAACCCUGGGUUCCUUUAAAUCAGAGCUAGAUAAGACUUUAACAAUUCUGAGCUAUUAGUAAAGUUCUCCCCAAACGAGCUUGAUGGGUUGAAUGGCCCCCUCUCCUUUGUAAAUUUAUUAUGUGCUUAUGAAAGUUGUGGGGGGCGGCAUGGUGGUGCAGUGGUUAGCACUGCUGCCUCACACCUCUGGGACCCGGGUUCGAGUCUCCGCCUGGGUCACAUGUGUGUGGAGUUUGCAUGUUCUCCCCAUGUUGUCGUGGGGUUUCCUCCGGGUACUCCGGUUUCCCCCCACAGUCCAAAAACAUGCUGAGGCUAAUUGGCGUCGCUGAAUUGCCCAUAGGUGUGCAUGUGUGGGUGACUGGUGUGUGAGUGUGCCCUGCGAUGGGCUGGCCCCCCAUCCUGGGUUGUUCCCUGCCUCGUGCCCAUUGCUUCCGGGAUAGGCUCCGGACCCCCCGCGACCCAAUAGGAUAAGCGGUUUGGAAAAUGGAUGGAUGGAUGGAUGGAUGGAUGGAUGGAUGAAAGUUGUGGUAAUAUUCUUGUCUAUUGGUAUAAUGUAUAUAUAAUUACAAUUGUGUAUAUAUAAUAACUAUUACAAAUGGUACUAAUAAAAUAUUAAUCUGAAGUGGCUGCAAAGAAAAGGUUAAAGAUAUGUGUCUGUGAAAUUUGGUGAUUGUUGGUGGCUGUUUUGGUACAUUAAGUUACAUUAAGCCUUUUCCUUUUAAUGGGUGUCAAUGGAGGGGAAAACGCUUAACGUAAGAUAAAGUCCAUAUUCCUAGCAUUUCGGUUUUCAGUUUUUGUCACGUGAAAGUCUUUAUGACCAGAUAUAAGUGUGAGAAAUUUGGUGAUUAUUGGUGGCUGUUUUGGCAUGUUAUGUUACAUUAAGCUUUUUCACAUUAAACAUUUUAUAAUGUCCCCCGGACGGACCCCCGCUGGACGUUUAUGCACUAGCUUGCAUUCAUCUAUAUGUUUUUUAUUAUUCCUUAAAAAUGUAAUUAAAAUAACACAUUAAUAAAUACAUGUAAUGUAUUUUUAUUCUAUUAAAGUUUAACGGCAACCCUUAUCUCCCAAAUCAUAUGACCCCUAUUGGCAACACGUGGCAUAAGCAUGUAUACCACCAUAUAUAUGGAUAUAACCCCUCAACCAAUCAGAAUAAGGUAUACGCCCCCUCCCACCUAUGACAUCAGAAGCAGAGCCAAAUUAAGCUCCGCCCAUUGUACCACAUAAUAUAUCUUCCGUCCAUGGGCAUAGGUUGGCCUACAUAAAUCAAUAGAACCUGUGCAUUUUUUAUGUUGAACUUAUUUUUAUCAAUUCAGCUAAAGAUGUGUAUUCACCUUCAUAUUAAUAGAUAUUAUUAAUAUGUAAGUCGCUCUGGCUAAGGGCGUCUGCCAAAUCCUGUAAAUGUAAAUGUAAAUAGAUUUGAACAUAGAAGUGUACCCUUUUAUAAAAUUUUAUUUUACUAAUUGUGAAUAGGAUAAGCGGUCGAUGGAUUGACUGCACAGACUAAAAAUAGCUGCACGGCUGGCUUUUGCCUAGGUCUGCUGUAAACUGCCAGCUGUACUGUACAGCAACUUCUUUUUCUUUUUUUUACUGUGUAAUAGGUAGACUAUGUUCAUGAGAGCAUGAGCAAUUAGCAAGGAUGAAAUAUUAACCACUGUUUACUCAAUGCGUGAACAAUACAAAAUUAAUAUAUGUAGUGGCAGGAAAAAAUGAGGUGUUGUGAUAUCAUUCUCAAGGAUACGAAACUCAUUUAAUCAUUUAAACCUUUAAUAUUAAUGCUGCUUCCUUAAUAAAUAUGAUUAGCAUUUUGGCGAUUAGUUUUUUUUUUUCAUAAAGAAGAAUAAACUCUUCCUCAAGAGUGCCUCUCUAAAUAAUGCUUAAUUAGAGAUCACAAUAAUAUCUCAACGGAAUAUAGAAAACAACACGUGGAAGCGCUCUUAUGACGGACACAGUCUAAAGGUCGUUUGUGCAACAGUAGUAGCUGUUAGAACGGCAUGACCGGUCAUCCAGGGCAUAAACACUUACCCGCUGUUAUUUUCAAGUGUUGUUCCUUUAGGCAUUGUUUGCUAUCAUUAUUGAAAGUUUGAUCGUUAGUUAUGAAGAUUUUAAAAUAAAAUUAAAACUUUUAUUCUAUUCUAAUUGAUUUUUUUUAAAAUAACCACUCUAUUGAAAACAUUCAUAUCGUGUCUCUACACCAUGGAUAAAGACCUUGUGUAUGCUUUGAGCCACAAGUCACCAGAAGAUUCUGCACGGCACAAUAUGAUGCAGUUCUGGCUGGAGCACUCUCAGGAAGCCACCAUGCAGGAGAUGAUGCUGGACUCCAAUGCCGAGUUACUUAGUGAGCUGGAGUUGCCUGAGAUCCUGUCACUUCUCCCUAAUAUAGAGGGCACCAACAUACUUGAGCUGGGAGCUGGAAUUGGGAGGUACACGCAGCACUUUGUGAAGAAAGCUCACCAUGUAACAGCAGUGGACUUCAUGAAAAGUUUCGUGGAAAAGAAUAAGCAAGAAAACAGUAAACAUGGCAACGCUGAAUUCAUUCAUUCUGAUGUCACUCAGUUGAAACUUUCUAAAAAUAGUUUCGAUUUGAUCUUUUCUAAUUGGCUGAUGAUGUACCUGACUGACGAGGAACUUCUGUCUCUAACUGAAAGCAUGUUGAGCUGGCUUCAGCCAGGAGGAUGCCUCUUUUUUAGGGAGUCCUGCUUCCACCAGUCAGGAGAUCGCAGGAGAGAUUUUAAUCCCACUCAGUAUCGUACACCUGCCCAUUACAACCGCUUGAUGACUUCAGCUAUUUGGCAGGAAAUGGAAACAAAGCAAACAUUUGGUUUUGAUAUUGUCAUGUCAAAGGCAGUCCAGACCUAUAUCCAGGUGAAAAAAAAUCAGAAUCAGGUUUCUUGGCUGCUGCAGAAGGCCCCACGUAAUACAAUCGGCCAUCAGGGGUACAACACUUUCCAGCAGUUCCUGGACAACCAACAGUACACACAGCGUGGCAUCUUGAGAUAUGAGAUGAUCUUUGGACCUGGAUAUGUCAGCACAGGAGGGCUGAGAACCACCAAGGAAUUUGUUGACCUCCUGAAUUUAUCAUCUGGCCAAAAAGUUCUUGAUGUAGGAUGCGGAAUCGGGGGUGGGGAUUUCUACAUGGCAAAGAGGUUUGGUGUGGAAGUUCUUGGCAUGGAUUUGUCAUCAAAUAUGAUAGAAAUUGCAAUGGAGAGAGCCGUUAAGGAGAACGUACCCUUGGUGCAAUUUGAGCUUGGAGAUGCCACCAAGAGAAGCUUCCCUGAGAGUUCAUUUGAUGUUAUUUAUAGCAGGGAUACAAUACUUCAUAUUUCUGAUAAGUUGGACCUUUUCAGGAAGUUCUAUUUGUGGUUAAAGCCUGGAGGAAAGAUACUAGUUACUGACUACUGCUGUGGAGAGAAGCCAUGGUCACCCGAAUUUCAGGAGUAUGUCAGACAAAGGGGCUACUGCCUUCUCACUCCAGAAAAAUAUGGACAGAUGAUUGAGCAAGCAGGGUUUAUUCGAGCGUGUGUGGAGGACAGGACCAGCCAGUUCAUUCAGGUGAUCAAGAGGGAACUGAAAAGAGCAGAAGACAUCAAGGAAGAGUUCAUACAGGAGUUUUCUGAAGAGGAGUACAACACCAUAACAAGUGGCUGGAGACUGAAGAUUCAGCGUUGUGAAAGAGGAGAUCACCGCUGGGGUCUUUUCUACGCUGAACGAAAUGGAGAGAGUUGAAAUCGGAUGAUUCAAAUAUUAAUAAUAACACAUCAAUAUAUAGUUGUAAAUUAAAAUGACCAGUAAAAUGUGUUGAAAUGUGUGAAAAUAAGAGUUAGAAUUGCAUUUAUGUUUAGUGGGAAAAUAAGCAAAUGAUCAUUUCUCAAGGCAUUUGUAAUUUAACACUAACAUGUAGCAUUUAGUACAGUGCUGUUAUUUUCCCUCAUACAACACAAAAUACAUUAUUUUACCUUUAGUGUUAUUAAUCACAUCUUUGAUCAUAUUGGUUAAUUUGCAUCACAUAAGUAAAAUAUUUUGAUGAAACUACUGUCUUUGGUGAAACAAUAUCUAAAAUGUUUCGAUUUCUUUUAUGGGGUUCAAAGAAAUGUACUGAUGUUUUUUGCAGCAAAAUUACAAAAAACAUUUUUACUACCUAUGUUUUUUUUGUUUUCACAAUUUUAAUAUGACAGUAUUCAUGUAUAGCAUUAUUUGUUGAUUGUAAACUUGAGAUUUGCAUUUUGCAUGGGUUUUCAUGGUAUUAUCACUAAGCUUAAAGUGGAAUUGUUGUUAAGAUUUGUUAUAGUUAGGGUGGUCGCUUUAGCCGGAUGUAAUUGCUGACGAUUUGGCAUGACCCUGGAUCUGUCGGUUUUUCGAAAUUCUUGUUGGAUGUGUAAAUCCUCAAACAUGCUCGGAGCAGGUUUGUUCCACCUAAACAAGGAUUAGCUCACACACGUAAUCAGUGUCCGUGCAUUGAAAUCCGAUCAGUCUUGGUUUUGCCAUUCAUGGAUGAUCAAUCAAUUGCAAUCGGUGCUCAGAUAAUAAGAAAGGAAUUUCACUCGCCAAAUUUUCUGGCGUGUACCAAGACUUUCGAAGUCACAUGCACGCGCAUAUAUAUAUAUAUAUAUAUAAGUGCGUGUUAUCGCGGUAAAUAUCUGAGUUACUUCGUAAAACAUUAAAUUCAUAUAAAUGAAGAAA